AUGGCAGGGCCUUAUUACAUGCCUAUUGCCUGGAUGUCAACUCAUGUUUCAGCAGACAAAAAUACCGUGGACCGACUACAAACAACGGUUUUACAAUUGCGAAAGCAACUGCCUUUUUGGGCAUCCAUUGCUGGCGCUAUCACAGGAACCCUCACCGUCAUUUUGCUUUUGGCCAUAGCAUUGCACGUUUGGUGGAUGAGGUCCCAACCCACUGCCGUGCUAUUCAACGAGUGCAGUCCUGAGAAUGAGAACACUUUCUGCAAAUUCAAAACGUCAGUCUGUUUCCGGCGCCUGACAUCAGUGAUCUCGGAGCAGUCGCUGGAGGAGUAG